CUUCACAAUCGUAUCUCCCGACACUUGAUUGAGCUACUUUAUUCCGCCAACAUGGGCUCCCUUAACAAGAUCGACUUCACUACCUUCUACAACACUAUCAACAAUGAACUCACAACCACCUCCACAACCCGCCACAGCCUCAACCCAGCUACGCGCAAGCCCAAUCCCCCGGUGCCCAUCUCCACUGCAUCAGACCUGGACCAUGCCGUAACCAGCGCCCGCACCGCCUUCAAGAGUUGGUCCAAACUCUCCCCAUCUGAUCGACGUGCCAGAGUCAUCGCCUUCGGGGAAGCCAUUUCUCUCCACGCGGGGGAAUUUGCCGACCUCCUAGUCCAGGAACAAGGUAAAGCGCGCACCCAAGCCGCCAUCGAAGUAAACAUGUCCGGAACAUGGUGUAAACAGAUCCCGCAAUUAGAACUCAACGAUGAGAUCCUUCAAGAUACUGCUGACCAACGUGUUAUUCAACGCUUUACACCCAUGGGUGUAGUCGCGGGCAUUGUACCCUGGAACUUUCCGCUGCUGUUGGCAGUGGGGAAGAUCGCCCCGGCGGUGUAUACAGGCAACUGUAUUAUUAUCAAGCCGUCGCCUUUCACACCAUACUGUGCCUUGAAGCUCGGAGAGCUGGCAGCGAAGGUUUUCCCACCCGGAGUGGUGCAGGUGCUGAGCGAUGAUGGGAACAUUGGGCCGUUGAUGACGACGCAUCCCGGAAUCAAUAAGAUUAGUUUCACUGGGUCAACGGGAACCGGAAAGCGGAUCAUGAGAGAUUGUGCGGAGACUUUAAAGUCGGUUACAUUGGAGCUUGGAGGCAAUGAUCCGGCCGUUGUCUGCGAGGAUGUUGAUAUCGACGAGGUUGUUCCACAGAUCGCAACCCUAAGCUUCCUCGUCUCCGCCCAAGUCUGUAUGAUGAUCAAGCGCCUCUACGUGCACGAAUCAAUCUACGACAAAUUCCUCUCAGCCUUUGUCAACUUCACGAAGUCUCUCAAGACAGGCAACGGCGCCGAACCCGACGUAUUCUUCGGUCCUGUACAAAACGAAAUGCAGUACGAGAAAGUCAAAGAUCUCUUCACCUCCAUUCAGACCGAGAACCUAAACCCCGCUCUCGGCGGAACCAUCACUGACUCCGAGGGCUACUUCGUCACACCCACACUCAUCGACAACCCCCCGGAUAAUUCUCGAGUAGUGAAGGAGGAAGCCUUCGGUCCGAUUCUCCCGUUGAUGAAAUGGUCUACUGAAGAUGAGGUUAUCGCGCGCGCUAAUGACUCCGAAUCGGGACUUGGUGCCUCGGUGUGGAGCAAGGACGUGGACCGGGCGCAGCGGAUGGGCGCGCAGUUGGAGUCUGGGUCCGUGUGGAUUAAUUCGCAUUUCCAAGUUGCGCCAAAUAUUCCUUUCGGUGGCGUGAAGAGCAGUGGGAUUGGGAGGGAGUGGGGAAUCGAGGGGUUGAAGAGUUAUACGCAGUCGCAGAUGAUGUGGGUGAAGAAGGCUUGA